AGCCACGUCGUUGUCGGCGCGGCGCGCCGGCCAAUAUAGCGCGCGACACCGCCCGCCCGCCGCCCCCGCUGGCGCCCGUGAGCCCAGUCCCGUCCGCGCCGCCGAGCCGCGCGCUAGUGCCGCGCGAUCAUCCUGUUCGCUCUGCAAGUCUCUGACCACUGAAUCCGACCGUUUAUGACAUUCGACAACCCCGCCCUGUGUCAGUGCAUUUUCCCGAGACGCAUUGCGUUUCGAACACGAGAGAGCGCUGCUCCAAACCGAACCGUGUUGGGAUUUGUGGCUGCGUUUAUUUAUGUUGUCGUUUUGGUGUGGUGUAUAUUGUGUUAUACGGACGAAAACCGUAUUAUCUGUGAUAUAGUUUGUGGAUACUUUUAACAAUCGGUGGCAUAUUCACGAAGAGUUAGUGGUCCGCGGUUCCGGAUGGUCCGGCGCGCGAUGCGCUGCUAGUCACGAUGGUGGGCGUGGGCGUCGCGGAGGGCGGCGGCGGGCCCGGUCCCGCGGAGCCCUACUACGGCGAGUACGGCUACCCGGAGCCGUACUACGUGCCCGAGAUGUGCCCGCACCCGCAGCAUCCGCAGCACGCGCAUAUGUGCACCGUGCACGCCGAAUACGGCGGGAUGCCGGUGGUUACGUCGGCGACGAUGAUGCCGCCCAUGCUGCCGCCGGUGCUGGACGAGAACAUGCGCCACUACCUGGUCCACCAGCACCAGCACCCGCACCAACACCCGCACCACCAGCCCCACCACCAGCCGCACCACCAGCCGCACCAUCAGCCGCCGCCGCAUUACGGUCCAGCAAAUGGUGCGGGUGGUCCCCAGCAUUUCUACGGGCCUGGCUACCCCGCUCACUUCCACCAUGUCCCUCCGCACCACAUGCAGCACUCCCCACCUCCGCCUGUCUACCAGAAAGAUGAACGUACACAGAGAAUGCACUCCAAGCUCAAACAAAAACUGGAGCGCAAACAGACCAAUAGAAAUAAUGGUAUAGUUCCAGAAGCGAACUCGGGCGGCAGCACGCCGUCGCUGUCCCCGCGCAAGGAGCUGAACGGGCGCGGCGGCGGCGGCGGCGGCGGCGCGGGCAGCGGUGGGAGCGGCGGCGCCUCCUCGGGCGCCUGGUCCGAGGGCGAGGGCUCCUCGGCCGGCGCCUCCGUGCAGGGCGACGACGACAACGACACGCAGGCGCUGCUCGACCUGCUGUCCGCCACGCGCACGCCGCAGGUCAGCGACAUGACCCCUACGAGCGCGCUAGUGCAAUGGAACUCGCCGCUCCCGGAGGGCGUGACGCUGCCCAACGUGGAGCUCACCUACGACCUGCUGCUGGGCGACCGCGGCCGCUACAAGGCCAUCUACAGCGGGCCGUCCCUCUCCUGCCGCGUGCGCGACCUGCGGCCGGGCUGCGAGUACUCGGUGUGCCUGCAGAUCCGCGCCGGGCAGGCCACAGGCGGCGCCAGCGACGCCGUCACCUUCCGCGCACCCGCCGCGCCGCCCGAGCGCCCGCCGCAGCCCCGCGCCACCCAGCGCGCGAGGACCUCGCUGCUGCUGCGCUGGCAGCAGGCGCAGGACAACGGCGCGCGACUGACGCAUUACAUCUUGGAGAUGGACGACGGGCAGGGCUGGCGCGAGGUGUCGCGGCCGCGCACGCGGCAGCACACGGCCGGCAACCUGCGGCCGCAGACGCGCUACGCUUUCCGCGUCGCCGCCGUUAACGAGUGCGGCCGCGGCGACUACAGCGACGAGUGCGUCGCCUGGACCGCCGGCGCGCCCCCGCCCGCGCCCACCCCGCCCGCGCUCGCCGCCGCCGCCGCGCAUCAGCUCGCGCUCGCCUGGGAACCCCGCAAGGGCGACGAGGUCUUCACCCUCCAGGUCGACGACCCCGCGCAGGGCUACGGCUUCCGACCCGCCUACCACGGGGAUAGUAACGAACAUACGUGCACCGAGUUGCGUCGCGCGACCGAGUACCGCUUCCGGCUGUGCGCGCAGACCGACGACGGCCAGGGGCCCUGGUCACCCGAAGUCGCGUACCGCACGCUCGCCGAGCGGCCCGCGGCGCCGGCCAGGCCGCAGCCACGCGGGAAGAUCCUGCCGCGCACGUUCCGGCUGCGCUGGGAGCCCCCGGCCGACGACGGCGGCGCGCCCGUCUCCUCCUACACGCUCGAGCUCGACGGCGGCGACGGCUACCGGCGCGCCUACUCGGGCCCCGAGCGCGAGGCGCACUGCGACCGCCUGCAGCCCGGCACGCCGUACCGCGCGCGCGUGUGCUGCGCCAACGAGGCCGGCGAGAGCGAGUGGUCCGCCGCCGAGACCGUCACCACCGAGGCCACGGCGCCCGGCGCACCCGCCGCGCCCGAGCCGGCCGGCCCCGUGCGCGCCACCGCGCUGGCCGUGCGGUGGCGCGCGCCCGACUGCACCGGCGGCGCGCCGCUCACCGAGUACCGCGCCGAGCUCGCUGCGCCCGAGGGCGUGCGCCGGGCCUACUGCGGCGCCAAGCCCGAGUGCGACGUGCGCGACCUGGCGCCCGGCUGCGUCUACAGGCUCACCGUCACCGCCGUCAACCGAGUGGGCGCGGGCCCGCCGUCGACGCCGCUCGACUUCACCACCGCGGCGGCGCCGCCCGACGCCCCGGAUACGCCAACGGCCGAAAUCCUCUCGGCGCGUUCCGCUCGCCUCGAAUGGACCGCCCCGCGCGACAACGGCGCUCCCGUGCUCGACUACCGAUUAGAGAUGAGCGCGGCGAGCGCCGACGAGGCGGCGUACGCGGAGGUGUACCGCGGUCCCGACACGAGCUGCGUCGUCGACGCGCUGGUGCCGUUCUCGCCGUACCUGUUCCGCCUGUGCGCGACCAACGCGGCCGGGCGCGGCGCGUGGUCGGCGCCGCGGGACGCGCUGACGCCGCGCGCGGCGCCCGGGCCGCCCGGCGCGCCGCGCCACGAGGCCGGCGCCGACAGCCUGCGGCUGCACUGGCGGCCGCCCGCCGACCACGGCGCGCCCGUGCUGCGGUACCGCGUGCAGGUGGACGACGACGCGUUCGAGACCGACGGGCCGGCGGCCGAGCGGCUGGUGGAAGGUCUCACUCCCGACACCGUCUACCGCGUGCGCGUCGCCGCGCUUAACGAACUCGGGCUGGGCGAGUGGAGUGAGGAGGCUCGCGCCGGCACGCGACCGCCGCCGCCUGAGCCGCCCGCGCUGCGAUUGGCCCAAGCCGCGCACAACUACCUGCGGCUCGAGUGGGCGCCGAGCGGCGGCGAGGGCGCGCAUUACUGCGUGGAGAUGCGUGCGGCGGACGCGCGCGAGUUCCGCCCGGUGUACCGCGGCUCGGCGCGCAGCUGUAAAGUAAAGAAGCUGAAAGAAGCGAGCGAGUACUGGUUCCGGGUCCGCUGCUCGGACGAGCGCGGCGGGCGGGGCGGCUGGGGCGAGGCGAUGUCGGCGCGCACGCCGGCCGCGCCGCCGCCGGCGCCGCGCGCGCCCGCGCUGUCGCUGCCCGCGCCGCGCCAGGCGCUGGCCGUGUGGGACGCGCUCGACGACGCCGUGCCCACCACUUACGUGCUGCAGUGCGCGAGGGGGAAGGAUGCCAUAUUCAAAGAGGUGUACUCGGGCUGCGAGCCGCAGUUCCAGCUGGAGGCGCUGGAGUACGGCGGCGAGUACUCGGUGCGCGUGUGCGCGGUGCGCGGCGGGCUGGCCAGCGCGUGGUCGCCGGCGGCGCGGCUCGCCGUGCCCGCGCCGCCGCCGCCGCAGCGCCCGCGCCGCGCCCGACCCACGCGCGCCUUCUCCUCCCGCCAGGUGGCGUGGCUGAUGGCGGGCGCGUUCCUGCUGCUGGGCGUGCUUGUGGCGGUGCUGGUGCAGCAGCUGGUGGAGCCGCGGCCGUGACGCGCGCUGGCGGCGGCGCCGACCCGCGCGCUCGCCACCAUCUAACGUGCGGUGUGGCCGUACCCGCGUCACACCCGCACCGCGACCACUGUGCAAUUAUCCGCCAAUAUUUUAUCGAGAGACGAGACGUUGUAGUUGAAUUCCGAAUUGUUUAUUAUGUAAAUGACUCGCCCGGGUCUAAGUAUUCGGCCUAGCGACUCGUGGUUCGCCCGCUCCGUGGCUUCACGAGUGUAUAAAAUAUUUUAUGCGUAAAUGUUGCAGUCACCGACUUGUAUAAUUUUAAUGGCAGCGUAUCAUGAUAUCAUAAUUGUCUCUUGUAUGUUGUAAUUGUAAACUUUCACAAACUCUAUAUCUAGUCUAUGCUUCGAACUUGCUGUUUAUGUUUAUCGUUCUUGUCUGAGAAGGCGAUGUUCUAUAUAGUAACUGAUAUCUAUUUUAUCACUUUUCCAUAUACAUGUAGUAAAAUAUUAUUUUAAGUAUUGAAUGAAAUGUACUUCCAAUAUUUACUAGUCUUCUGACUGUAAUUAUGUUUUCCAAAUAUUUAAUGAUAUUUUUAUAAAAUAUUAAAUCGGUCUGUUGCAUGUUUUAUCAGAUUUAGUAUAGCGACCAAGGUGCUCUAUUAUUAUUAACAUUCUGUUGAGAGGGACAUGGCCCCUCGCUCUGCAACGAGUUUCCAGUGUGUGUGCUGUGAUCACUUCCUUAUGCGAAUGAGACUGAUUUUAAAUAAAUGCUUUCUUUCUAGACACGUUUUGAAUGAUGGCUUUCAUAAUAUCGGUCCCUAGCCGCGUCCGCGUCCGCGCCCGUGUCGACGCCGGACCGCGUACGGUGUCCGACCGUGUACGGUGCGGUGCUCGACCGCGGACGGCGCCUGAUCGCGUACGGCGGCGCCCAAUCGCGCCCGACGCGGCCGUGACGUCACAGUCCGAUCAUGUACUCCGAAUGCUUAUUUGAUAACAUUCAUAUAAUCGUAUUGUAUCGACGAUAGUUAAUUUUAACAUUUUAUAUCAUAGGACAUGAACUUUUAUUAAUUCAUUAUAUUAUGUAAAUUAGAGUUAUUUGUAUAAUUUUAAAUUUAGAGAUUACGAAUUAUUGAGAUUGUUACCACCCGGUAUAAUGGAAUAGGGAGUUGUUAAAUUCGACCUAAUUUGUAAGAGUUUAAGUUCCAAAUAUGACAAAGAAAUAAUUAUGUAAUCAAUCAUCACUAAAUAUUGAUGUUCUUGCUACUAAUUGUUCAUUACAGUAUUAGAGAAUUUUUUAAGCUAUUUCACUAUGAUGUCUUCGAUCGAUGAUUUCUUGUAGAUAAGCGAAAUAUAUCUUUUAUUCUAUUCAGUCGUUCAGAAACGUUAGAAUUAAAAUUAAUAGUGCAUUAUGAAUUUACAUGUUUAUACUUGGAUGUUUCUUAGUAUCAUUGUUCCCUAUUGAUGUUAUCAGAAAUGGAGUUCUCUACGGACUAUCGGCUAUUCUUAUACACGACAUUCGUUAGGCUGUUGUCCGAUGGGCGGCGAGUAAGCGAUUAUUUUCUCGCACAAUUAUCGUACUACGUGCAGACGUAUGUAGGCCCCGUGUGAAUAAAAGAGAUGAAAGAAAGCAUAUACUAAUUUGAACGCUGACUGCUCACACUGGCUGCGAGUUGCUUUAUGUGAAAACACUCGCCUGUGAAGAGAAUGAACUUGGUUUUCGCUGAUGGCGGCCGGUCGGACAGCCGCCAGUGUCCGCGGCAGCGGCCGCUUGCACUCGUUUGUACGAACUUUACCGUGACGCACCAAUAUUAGGCUUAAACAUAAAUAUAAUAUUUCGUAAAUAUAUGAUAUUUACCUCUUCUGUGAUUAGCGUAUCUUUUCUUGUUAAAUCUUCGUUGUUAUCCAAUACAUUCCUAUAUUUUUCUUUCAAUUUCAUAGACGAUGUCGGCGAUGAAUAUUCACUUGUGCCUCAUUUUGUAAGGCGUUGUUUGAAAGGUAAGCACAGCUUACGGCUUAUAAAAAAAUAUUAAUUUUUGAAAUGUUUAUCAUAAUAGUGUGCAAUUAACUAUUUAUUUAUUCUGUAUCGCUUAAUAUAAUAUUUAUUUUUUAGAAAUUAUAUAGAGUUUCUACGUAUAGUGUGGUCUAAUUACAAAGGGAAAAUUCGAUGUUCCUAAAUAAGUUAGCAUUUGCACAAUACACGGACUCGGCUAAACUGUGUACAACAGACAAGCAUUCCAAGUUGAUUCCACUUGUAAAUAGGCCUAAUGAACUCUCGUCUUGAAUGAUUGUACAUCGCGCUUUAGUUGUCAAAUGUAAAUAAAUCUGAUGUUAUGAAUCAUGAGCUUCUUAUAAGGGCAUGUUUAGGUACUGAACAUGUAUGCCAAUGGAAAUUACUACACUGUAUUGAGACUAAACGUUUUAAAAUAAUGAAAUGAAUUAUAUUAAAUUAAAUAACGGGGAUAACAUCUCAUAUUGUAUUUGUGUUUGAAUUAGUAACGUAUAACGAAAUGUAUAUGUUUAUAAUGUAAUAUUUGAUGACGUUAUGUAUACAAUUUAUUAAACAUGAAUAUAUCAAUAAAACUAUAUUUUGUGUA